AACUUACAAUUUCCAUUUACGUAUUGUGGGGCUUGGAGUUUUGAACUCAUAUAAAAGAGCUAGUCUCACCUCCAGUAAUCAGUUCAAAACUUUCUCCCAAGAUGAAGUACCUUCUCGUAGCUGCCUUGGUGGUCCUGGCUAUCCAACUGGCAACAGCAACCUCCAGUAACAGCACGUCCAGCACGUCUAACACCACCACCACUACAACGACGACAACGGAUGCAACCACCACGACCACCACCGACGCCACAACAACCACUGAGAAGACCCAUCAUCGCAAGAAGCUCUGCUGGAGGGGCAACGACUGGUGCGGCACCUUCACUCCAAAGAGGAGGAGGAAGACCAGGAGUGGAAAGCACCGCAAGCACCGCAAGGUGGUUGUUAGGGUGACCCGCAGAAGGCAUGGCUGAGGUCACGGAUUUCCAUUAUUAAAUAAAAUGCCCAAUGCUCUUAAAAUAUCAGGUGUUUCUUUAAGUUUUCCACAAGAUUCUUUAAGAUAUCGCCAAUCUGUAAGGUUCUGCAACCCCAAAACUAGGGCUUGAGUUACAGCUGACUUGGAUCUACUCGAUUCCGCCGCUUGUUUGUAAAAUUUAA